GUUGGACACGCCGGCAACACUUCUCGAGGCCCAAUUGCUGCAACAACACAAAAAUGCGCUCAUUACUGUCCCUCCUGGUGCUAUGCCUGGUGAGCAUAGUGGCCGCCCUUAGCUCAAGCGGCAACAGAUUGUUAGUCGUCCUUGAGGAUCAGGCGGAGAAGGGCAAGUACUCCACAUUCUGGAAGGAGCUUGAAGGUAGAGGGUAUUCCCUCACAUUCGAAUCUCCCAAAAAGGAGGGUCUCUCGCUGUUCCAUCUCGGCUCCAGAGCAUACGAUCAUGUCCUCUUGCUACCCCCAAAGUCGAAAGCGUACGGACCAGCGCUGACGCCGAACCUCUUAUUGGACUUUAUGAAAGCGGAGGGCAACAUUCUUCUUGGUCUGUCGUCAGAGUCGCCCGUACCCAGUGGCAUCGUCUCGCUACUCUUGGAGUUGGACAUUCACCUACCCACUGACAGGAGCAGCACCGUGAUUGACCACUUCAACUUUGACAGCAGCGCGGCAGAACAGCACGACAUUUUGCUUGUACAGCCUCCAAAGCCGCUUAGGGACGACGUCAAGAAUUUCUUUGGUGCUGCGGGGGCUGGUUCUGGAAAGAAAGGAGACGUAAACAACCUGCCUAUCGUCGUUCCACACGCCGUCGGUCAGGUCCUUGGCUCAGCGAGCCCACUACUCUUGCCAAUUCUCAAGGCUCCAAGCACGGCGUAUAUUGGCAGCCCUAAGGAGGAUGGCGUCGAAGAACUCUUCGCUUCCGGCUCGCAGAUCUCGCUCGUGUCCGCCCACCAAGCCAGGAACAGCGCCCGCUUAACAGUUCUGGGAAGUGUGGAGAUGUUGCAGGAUACGUAUAUGGACAACAGCAAGUACGGAAAUAAGAUUUUCGCCGAACAGAUCUCUGCAUGGACGUUCAAGGAACUGGGUGUGCUCAAGGUCGGCAGACUGCAGCAUUGGCUAAACGAGGGACCCAAAGGUGUCGUGAACAGCACUGGGGUGUCCGUGAGCGAUCUCAACCCUGCCAUCUACAGAGUCAAAAACGACGUCAUUUUCCAAAUCGAGCUCUCCGAAUAUGCCCUCACUCACUACACUCCUUUCACACCGGCCGCAAAUGACGAUGUGCAGCUCGAAUUCACGAUGCUCUCACCGUUUCACCGCAUACCACUCCUCCCUGUGUCCACAACUCAAAACUCGACCAUUUUUGAGGCCCGUUUCACGACGCCAGAUCAGCACGGCAUCUUCCACUUCCGCGUCAACUACAAGCGCCCAUUCUUGACCAAUGUCGAUGAGAAAAGGCAGGUCACUGUCCGCCACAUUGCGCACGACGAGUGGCCCAGAAGUUGGAAGAUCAGCGGUGGAUGGGUGUGGAUCGCUGGCAUCUGGAUCACCGUGGCUGGCUGGUGCGCGUUUGUCGCCGUGUGGCUGUACUCAGAGCCUCCAAGAGCAGGUACGAAAAAGACGCAGUAGAAUGAUACCCCUUCUGCUUAUAUCUCCUCCCACCGAUGGAUUUAUGACCGUCAUAGCGUUGAGUCUUGCAACGUUGGAAACGCAGGGUGCGGCUGCGCAUGCAUGUAUGUAGGAAAAGAAAAAACGUGGGAUCAUGUAAAGAUAAAGGGGACUUGGCGUUUGAAAAUGGAAUGUCUACUUGCUGCACCAAUAAUCGUUCUAAAUCUAGAUGGAAGGCAGCGUCUUGUAGAGUUUCAGAACAAGCCAUGUCUCCUCAAACAUUUCCCGCAUAUUGCGUCCCGUAC